AUGAAGGUCGUCGUCAUCGGCGCCGGCUUCGGCGGCCUCGGAUGCGCGCGCGCGCUGUCGAACCCGCCCAUGGCGGACGUGGACGUGACGAUCGUUGACGCGAAGGACGCGUUCACGAUCGGCGGCACGUGGGAGUACGCGUGGAGCGGCCGCGUCGCGGACGCGGACACGACGUGGAAGCUGGAGGACGCCAAGGCGAACUUCCCGGGCGUGACCUGGAAGCUCCGCACGAGAGUGGAGAAGCUCGUGCUGUACCCGUGGGACGACUCCAAGCUGCGUCACCUGCUCCUGAGCGACGGCGAGGAGCUGACGUUCGACGUCCUCGUGCUCUCGCCGGGCGUCGUCGGCGACGCCGCGGCGAUACCGGGGAUGUCCGACACGCUGGACGUGUACGCGCACGACUCGAUCGCGAAGCAGCGGCGUGACCUCGAGCGCAUGAUCGCCGCCGCGAAGGCGCGGCAGCGAGCGCACGACGCGGACGCGGACGCCGAUGAAGCGGGGGCGAAGAAGAAGAAGAAGAAGAAGGGAAAGCUCGCGAUCGCCAUCGGCGCGACGCCGUACAAGUGCCCCGUCGCGCCGUUCGAGGUCGCCUUCAUCGCGGACGACGCGUUCCGCGCCGCGGGGUGCCGCGACGAGAUCGACAUCGUCGUGACGUCGCCCGUGCCGUGGCCGCUGCCGGACCCGGCGAAGGAGAUCUUCACGCGGUUGAUGCUCGAGAAGGGCGUCGAGUACGUCCCCGAAAAGAAAAUCAAACGCGUGACCGACGACGGGCGGUGUCUCGAGUUCGACGACGACGAUCAGAUCGCCGCGGACGUCGUGUGGUCGGUGUACCCGCAGAUCGCGCCGCCGUUCAUCCACGCCGCGGGGCUCGCGGCGGGCGGGGGCAAAGGCCCGAUCGGGUUCGUCCCCGUGGACCCGAGGACGAACCUCAUCGGUCCCAUAUCGAGCGGCUGCGAACUCGCCAAGGAGGGGCUGCGAGACGUCUACUGCGUCGGCGACUGCGCGUCCGUCGUCGUCGGCGGUUUAAACCCGAAGCCGCAGCCGAAGGCGGGCGAGUUCGCGUGGCAGAUGGGUGAGAUGGUCGCGCACCGUAUCUUGAAGACGGAGGGGUACGCGCACUCGCGCGUGGGCGCGUGCAUCGCGGAGUGCGGCGGCGGCGGCGGCGUGCUCGUGAAACCGGAUUUCACGGAAGCCGUCGCGGACCCGGGACUCGGCGCGGUGCGCGUGAGCGUGGAGGAGAAGGCGGCGCCGGAGGGCGAGGACGCGAAGAUGGCGUGGGUGAACAAGUACGUCGAGUUGAUCUUCGGGGGGAAGGGGCGGGCGUUCGUGGCGGCGACGAAGGCGGCGUGA